AUGUCAGAGGAGAUCGCGAACGCCAACCACUACACCGAUGCGGACGGCAAGCGCCAUCGUCUGAAGGGCAGCGAGUCCCUCCAGGAAGCCGGCCUCUCCCUCGAGUCGCCCGACCCCUUGCCCCGCGACGCGUCGCUGCUGGCGCACGCGCUGGAGAGCGACCGAUAUGAGCUGAUUGUUGGAUUCACCGUCCUGUGCAGCGUUGCGAUCAUGGCUGCAGACUACCAGUAUGCAGGCUACAGCGUGGGGCAGGCAUUGGAGUUUCAAGGCAUGCACGAGCUGCCACUGGCAGAUGCAAAUCCAGAAUGGAUUGGAGUCGCCAGCGUGUGCCUCGAUGCCAUCUUCGGGAUGGACGUGGUCGUGCGAAUCGCCGUACUCCGUAUGCGCUUCUUCCGGCUCUGGGUGAACUGGAUCGAUCUCUUCGUCGCUGCUUUGUCAAUCGGUGCGAGCGCAAUUUCCGGCAUCGACGCAGGAUUCAAUGUGUGGGUGCUGCGGAUGCUACGCCUAGCCAAAGUUGCUAGGGCGCUGCGCUUGAUGCGGAUGCGCCGUGCUCUGGAGUCCUUGUCCCUUUUGCUGCGGUGCGCCGGGGGCUAUAUACAACCUCCCCCCAACAACUUGGCCUCGGCCGGUCAUUACACGAGUGCUAUGGCUUCGGGUCACUUUCUGCGGCUGGGCUGCCUCUUUCUGGCGUUGGAGAGAACUUGGGGUGCCGGCUGCUCCACAAUGUGUCCUGCUGGUCAGUCGUAUGCAGCUACCACCCUCUCAAGCCUCGUGACAGAGGCCGGCGCGGACUUUGGGGCCAUCCAGGAAAUCCAGAUCUCGGUGCCUUCAGGCGCACUUGUUGAGCUGAGCACCAAUAGCACCGGCUUUGCCGAGAACAGCAGCUGCCCUGUGCUGCGAGCCAUCCGAGAGGAUGAAGGGCAAGACAAGAUCUCCUCGAUCGGCUGGGCCUUCGGCUCCCCGAGCUUCGACUCCACCAGCGGCAUCUUAACCGUACCCAUGACAUGGUCUUGCCCUCCCUACGCCAUCUCUUCCGCCAAAAGCUCCUCAGCAGCCCUGGCCAUGGCAGCCACAGCCUUCGCUGUGGCGGGCCGGGAUGCCUUUGCCGCAGCAGCCGGCGCGGCGGCCUGCGCCACCGGGGUCCUGGGCGCAUCCUUCGGUGAAGGAUCGAUGAUGUGCAAUGCCGCCUGCACCCCAUGGCUCCACUUGCGGAUGGAGGGCGGGCAACCCAACGUUACCUUCAACGGCACCUCCAUGACAUUCACUUGCCCCGAUGGAGGCUGCGGAGGGGGUUCUGAAUGUUUGGGAACGACUGCCCCGGCCAAUGUCUGCGAGUAUGGCUUCGUUGACGGCCGGCCUUUUGUGGACGAGCGCGGUCCGGUGUUCGCAGCUGUCACACAGAGCAACGGCAGCUGCUGGGCAAGCCCUGUCCCCAGCGUGGCAUCGCGCGCGCCGUCGCCGAGCGAGUUGCCGGAAGCUCGGCGCCAGAGCGCAGCCCAGCGCUGGCGCUUGGCUGGGCUGACGGAGCAUGCUUCGGUGGCGUCCUUCUCCCGGGCCUCCUUGGAGCUCAUGGCCGUGGGCGCCCCAGCGGACCUCCUGGCCGACACGCACCAGGCAGCAUUGGAUGAGAUCCGCCAUGCCAAGGUGGCGUUUGGCCUAGCGCAGUACUUUGGGGGUGAUGCGGCUGCGCCCGGCCCGCUUCCCAUCGGCACAGUGGCCGUGGCCACCUCGCUGGCCGAACUGGCUGCGAGGACCUACACCGAAGGAUGUGUGGGAGAGACCCUGAGCGUGGCCAGGGUUCAGCUGCAGCUGCUGGCUGGCGACUUCCUCCCCGAAGAAGAAGCUGCGAUGCGCGCCGUCUUUGCCGACGAGGCCCGGCACUCUGCCUUGGCUUGGCGCACCGUUGCCUGGGCCUGGAAGCAGGACCCUGCAGCCGUCGGAGAAGCGCUGCGCGCAGCGGAUGCGAAGAGGUCGACGCCGGCGGAAGGGGCGGCCGAGUUGCAGCUUGAGCUCCUUCGGCUCACCCGGUCAUGGUUGGAGGGGCUGCUGGCCGGGAGCACUUGGCCUCCAGCUGUGGAAGACGUUGCCGCCGGAGAGUCGCUUGCCACCAAGGCUGCAGCAGCGACGGCAGAAGAGGUUGCCAGGGCCCUACGUGCUGAGACAACCAUCUCAGUCUAA